AUGAUCUUUGAGGCGCUCAGACGACAUGGGACGAGAGCCGAUCUUCUCAUGUUGUAUCCACAGAAGUGGAAGGUGCCCAAAGUCAUACUCGAUGACGACGCACCUCCAACCGACUAUGAAGGCACGCUGCUGGCUCAAGCUCGGGACCAGUAUCACGCAAAGCUGAACCCCAUCCAACAUAUGGACGAGCUUUUCCUCCUUCCCACGGCUCCAGUGGCCAUGCCUCGCGCAUACUGGCUUGAACAAUUCUUCCUAUCGUCCCAACUCAUAGUUAUCGAGCCAUCGGAGGAUAGCUGGCAGCGGGUGCAAAGCGCAAUGGAACACCACGAGGGCCACGACUACGAUAUGGAUAUCUUGAACAAGGUGUUCGGUGCCUCGACUUCAGUGAUACCGCAUCGUAGAUACGAUCUUUUGACUGGUGAAUUUCGCCACCAGAUUGAUCAGCAUGAGGCCUACCUCGGCUCGCCGACAGAAAGAUGGAACGGACGGGAUGCGGUGAAAGAAGCCAAGUUCGUCCACUUUUCAGACUGGCCGCUGCCAAAACCGUGGUUGAACGCGACAGAGGACCAGGUCGCUAGACAACAACCGUCAUGCAGAUCGUUAUCAGAAGGCGAGUCGGAUUGUACAGACCGAGACGUGUGGUUGGAGCUUCGCAGAGACUUCUCGGAGCGACGUCUGCGGGUGUGUGGAAAGGCUUACGACAACGUCUAG